CAGUCCACCUUGUUACUUUCUCUCUACUAUGAAGGCGGUCCUCAGCACUUGCUUCCUUUGGGGCCUCUUUUCUCAAGGGGCACUGCUGGAAUGCUACACCUGUGUGGGAGAAGAGUGCAAAACACCAAAAAUUCAGAACUGCACAGAUGACCAACAUGCCUGCUAUGUGGCAAUAUCUGAAGUAACAUCAGGCAGCUCAAUUGUGCCAAAGCAACGCAUUAUGAUCAAGCAAUGUAAUGAAGUCAAGACCUGCUUGGACAAACAAUUAAGCAUUUCUAUAGGAAAGGGUGGGAGUUAUCGUUUGAAUGUCAAGUGCUGCUACACUGACCGGUGCAAUAACAUGACUCUCUCUUUGCCAGAGACUGUGGAAUCUCCCCCCAAUGGGAUACAUUGCCCCUGCUGCUUUGCCUUCGAUUCCACCGAGUGCACAGAAGUGGAGAAACUCACCUGCACCGGUAAUGAGACGAAAUGUGUUCAGGGAGCUAUAAAGAUCUCUACAGAUCUUGCAGAAGAGGGAGUGCCUAUAUCAUUCCAAGGCUGUGCAACACCCAGCGCAUGUAACGUUCCCCUUCCAUCGCCAACUAUCUCCUCUGAUCACAUGCACUGGACCAUUGAGCAACUGCAGUGCAUUAAAGGCUACGAAGACUUGACCUUGUAGAUUGGAGAGUCCAAACCACUCCCUUCUUCAGCAUCCACCUUUCUUUGGCAAGGAGGAGGAAGUUGGGAACCAAGGGAUUCGCACAUGGAAGGGCUGACGUUCAGGACUCCUGGGCUGCCUUCUCUGUAGCGGGUGUAGGUGCGGGGCACAAGUAGGGAGGGAGAGAAGACCUUGGGGUUUAGAGGCUAAAGCUAAGGACAAGCUUAUGUGUAGAAUAAAUUUCCCCUGAAUCACAA